AUGAAUGAAGAUAAGGAUGGCGGUUGGGUGGACCCCAAGGGGCUCACAGCUGUGAGACCCAAACCCUCGCUCAGGCAGUGGAAAGCUGGGCUACACGGACAGAAGCCACAGGUCAAGACCUGGAAGUAUCUCUGCUUGAUUGUGUCUCUGAUCCUGCUCCUCUUGGUGGUUAUCCUCAGCCUGUUUCUUCCCAAAGUCUUAGAGCAGACAAAGCAGGUGCAGGGGGAAAUCAUUCAACUGAAGAGAAAAGUGGCACAGGGACUGGCAGAUGCUGGACACGAUCGGGACUUCAUUCGGGGUGAAAUGUUCCGGCAAAUAGAGAGUGUGCGGGCAGACAAUGGCUCCUUCUGCCAGCCCUGUUCCCCAGCCUGGAAAGCCUUUCAGGGCUCCUGCUACCUCUUCUCCACUGACAAUCUCACCUGGACUCAGGCCAAUGAGUCUUGUUUCCAGAAGCAAGCACACCUGGUUAUCAUCAACAGCCAAGCAGAACAGGUGCCCCUCAACACCAAGAUGGUCUACAACCCAGAGGCUGGUGUGGCCGUCCUCACAGGAGCCCAUCUGCCGGUGCAUGUGCAUUACGGGCAGUAUCUGGAGCAGAUGAGGGUCGUCCCCGGCUGCAGGGAUCACGUCCUCCGCUAUCCGCCCGGGGAUUGGCACGUGCUGCCCCCUCCCCGGUGCUUCCCCGACCCCGGCCUCUACCCCUGGGGGAUCCACCUGCCCACGCAGCUGGACAGCCCCGUUCUCCGUGACCCUCUCCAGGCCCGCCCAGCUCUCCGCGGAUUAGGUCGUCGGGGUCUCGCAAACUCCCUGGACAUGGGCAAUCAGACUCAAGUCUCUGAAUUCAUCCUUCUUGGCUUCUCUGAGCAGCCCCAGCAACAGCAGCUUCUCUUUAGUCUCUCCUUCACUCUGUAUCUGAUCGGGGGUCUGGGGAACCUGCUCACCAUCCUGGCCAUCACCUUGGACUCUCACCUUCACCGCCCCAUGUAUUUCUUCCUCAGUAAUUUGUCUUUUCUUGACAUCUGCUUUACCUCCACCACCAUCCCCAAGAUGCUGGCAAACCAUCUCAAUGGGUGUCCCAUCAUCUCCUCCCCAGCAUGCCUGGCCCAGAUGUAUUUCUUCAUUGCCUUUGGGACAGCUGGCAGCAUCCUUCUCUCGGCCAUGGCUUAUGACCGCUACUUGGCCAUCUGCUGUCCGCUGCACUAUGUGACGAUCAUGAAUGUCCUCCGAUGUGCCUUGCUGGUGGCUGUACCCUGGGUCUCUGCCAACCUCAUCUCCAUGGUCCACACCAUCCUGAUGACUCGCUUGUCAUUUUGCACCAACAAGAUUCUACACUUCUUCUGUGACCUCAACACCUUAAUCAAACUCUCCUGCUCUGACACUCAACUCAACGAGAUACUGGUGUUGGUCCUGGGGAGCUCAGGGGUUCUGAUCCCUUUUGUCUGCAUUACAGCCUCUUAUACGCCUAUUGCCAUGGCUGUGUGGAGGGUGCCCUCCACACAGGGGAAGUGGAAAGCCUUCUCCACAUGUAGCUCUCACCUUUGUGUUGUCAUUCUCUUCUAUGGGACCAUCAUUGGAAUCUACUUUAACCCUGCAUCUUUACACACCACCCAGAGGGACAUAGCAGCCUCGGUGAUGUACACUGUUGUCACCCCCAUGCUGAACCCCUUCAUCUACAGCCUGCGCAACCCAGAUCUGAAAGGUGCCCUCUGGAAACUUCUUGGCGGGAAUUGCUUUGCAAAGUAA